GUUUAGCUCGAAAAAAACGAAGAGAAAUGGCCUUGGCGGCGUCGAACCCGCAAUAACCCGGCCGUCGCUGCAACCUGGCCAAAAAAUAAAGAAAAUCGUCGACCUUGAAACGUCGGGUCAAAGCCGUCUGCUGCGACUUCCGGCCGCGCCAAAUUUAAAUGUGGAAUGGCGAUGGACAACGCGGAAGCGACUCCGGAGCUGCUGGAAAACGUGGUGAUCAACGACGUGCCCACGCCCCAGUACAUGAUCCAGCGCAUCCCGGAGAACACCCAGCUGCUGGGACCCGAGCUGCUGCAGCACCACAAUGGGCUAGUGGUGGAUCUGGCGGGCACGGAUUUCAUACCAGUUAGUUACCCCUCGGAGGCUCUCUUGUCGCAGGACUUGACCGAGGAGGACAGGAAUUUGGCGGCGGCGCUGGUGGCGGUGCAGCUGAGCCAGCACCAGAAGCAGCAACAAAUGCACGAAGCCGCCUUGCCAACGCUGGUGCCCAACAACGGGCUAGAUAAUAAGAUCCUAGAGGAGCAGCAGCUCAUCCUGACGGACAAAGAGGCCAAUAUUAACAACGGGUACUUGCACAUAGUGGGUUCGGACAACAUCUACGUCGAGAAGCAAACCAAAAUAAUAAACAGCCGUUUCGUGAAUGUCCCGCAGAGUUUUAGUCGCGCGGAGAAGUCCGAGGAUGAAAAACGGGGCUCCGAUGGGGACCACAAGGCGUCUCGUAAAAGUCUUCCGCACAAGAAGCGCAUUUCUCGCAAGCUUAAAAAGCAGAACCCUGUUAAAAUUCAGUGCAAUCUGUGCGAACAGACGUUCACUUCGAAUGACGAUUUUGCUCAACACGAGAUUUUAUGCCAAACUACGAUCACUCCAGUGCACAAUACGGCCUUUUCUUGUCAGAUUUGUAACGCGAGUUUCCAGGACCAGUUGCGCUUUUUCGAGCACCUGAAGUCGCAUUAUGAGCCGUCGAGUCAAGGUGGGGCGGCGCAAGGGGACAAGGCCGACGCCGACCCCGAGAAGGACAACAUCUUCUCGACUUUGCUUAACUUGACUUGUAUACAGUGCAAUAAGACAUUCCGCAGGCAGAAGGCGUUUGAAGCGCACAUGAAGGAAGUGCACCACAAGGAGGAGAUGAACGAGUUCAGCGAAACCGAGGACUUGAUGGAAGGGAUCAACGUGGUGGUGGACCACGACAACAACUCCGACAACGACACCAAAGCUUGGUACAGGGACGACGACAUACACCAAACUGAAGAGGACUUGAAGGAGCUGGAGGCCGAAGAACACGUCUGCCACAUCUGCAAGCAACCCUUCCCGCUGCGGGCCAUCCUACUCCAGCACCUGGUGACCUGCAGAGCCGACACCGGAAACACAGAACCCACAGCGCCAUCCCUCGUCAAAAAGAAAAACAAAAAGAAAGGGACCAUGACCUGUCGGGAGUGCGACCGAGUAUUCACCCACAGGAACUCCUUAGUAUACCACAUGAGGAGCCACAGCGGCAUCCGCCCCCACCAAUGCGAACAGUGCGGCAAAAGCUUCUUCGCGUCCAGCGCCCUCAAGGUCCACUUACGACUGCACUCAGGUGACAAGCCCUACCACUGCCAAGAGUGCGGUAAAAAUUUCCGCCAAUGGGGCGACUUGAAAUAUCACAUGACGUCAUUACACUCCAAUGAGAAGCAGUUUCAGUGCGAAUACUGCGGCAAAGACUUCGCUCGCAAGUAUUCUCUAAUAGUCCACAGGCGGAUUCACACAGGAGAAAAAAAUUACAAGUGUGAGUUCUGCGGAAAAACUUUUAGGGCGUCGUCGUACUUACAGAAUCAUAGACGCAUUCACACAGGUGAGAAGCCUCACGAGUGUGGCGUCUGCGGGAAACCCUUCCGAGUUCGCUCAGACAUGAAGCGGCACCAGAAGACGCAUUCGAAGAGGUCGUGUUCGGGGAAGUCGCUGCGGUUUGCCGCUCCUGUGCAAUCUGACAAUAAAGUAAUCAAGUCGGAAACCGGCAGUAACUUAUCCGAGGAUGUUUACGAGUUGAAUGUGAACGUUGAGGAGUCUGAGAAUCCGGCGUCGGGGCAGAUUUUAGGUUACGAUCACGACCAGCUGGAAACUGUUAGAGAUGCAGGCACUUUGUAUCAGGGACACCAGUUAUUUUUAGUUAGCUAUUCGACUGAUGUCCCCAUCAGAAGUGUGGACUCGUCCUCCGCCUGGAUUCAAACCGGUUCUUGAUCUCUUUCGUUCUUAGGUUUCGAAGUUUUAUAUUAUUUCGAAGGACGCCAACAUUGACAACGAAAGUUACUAGAUUCUUAGGGAUUUAUUUCCAAAAAUUCCGAUUUUUCCAAAAAUUGUCGUCUUCGAAGAUUUCUCUCUGGCCAUUUCAAAUUUAUUUCAGUACAACCACACACGACAAAUAAAAAACCUUUCUAAAUUA